CCUCUCAAGAAAACAACAUUCAGACGUCAUUCUCGUAAAUAUAAAUGCAACCUUCGAGGUGACCGACACGGGUAGUCUCUGAAAGUGUAAAAGGAGACUGCAAGCUCAUAUUUUGGCGACAAGUGAACUUGACUACCCGGUUUUAUUAAGACCAUGAACACGUUUAUCUACGCCGUCGCGAUAAGUUUCGCACUUUGGGUGGCUUGCGAGCCGGAGGCUGGAGACACGACGGAGGAUGACUCGGACUACGGCUCAGUCGGAUGUCCAUUCUUAGUUGCUGUGAAUAAAAGUGGAUUUGGAACAACGGUUGAAUGCAACCACACCUGCAACAACGGUACCGAGAUCGCACCCAACGGCGUACCCUGCUUAACAAUUGGAAAAGAUGGACUCGAGAGGAUGCAGCCAUAUUUCGCAUACGCAUGCCCACUUGGAGAAUGCCAGAACGGGACCUGCGUUGCAAAUGGAAUGAACGAAACCUGCUAUAAGAGUGUUUGGCAGCAAUAAAACAUCAUUUGAAUGUUUAAAGUUUCAACUUUACAGCACGCGUGCUCUUGGAUUCCAUUUUUAUUUCAAUCCUUUCUGCAUGCUGUUUGUCUUUACAAACCACGAGUACAAAGCUGAUGUCACAUCGUUGUUCCGAGAUCUGCUCGUGUGAAUAGGACUGAUUUCCAAAAUACAUUUAGCCGGCUAAUCAACUUGUUGACAGUAGACAUGUUGUCUAUCAUGUGGAGAAAAUAAAAUAUUGUUUGCGAUGUGAAUA